CCUAACCUCCUUCUACAGUCCUUGUGCUGUGCUCGCCUCGAGGCGCCAUCUUGAAUAGAAAGAGGGUUUAAACGGAGAGAAACAGGAUUGUUUGUUUAUGUUAUUCCAGACGGAUAUGUCCUCUUCAAACACAGAUUUACCAGACCCAAAUCUGGGUAUGGGGGCAAGUGGGACCCAAGGAAGUGGCGGGGCUGUUGUACCAAAAGGGACCAACAAAAGAAGAGCUGCGCCAGAUUUUGACGACGACGACGACGAUGAAGGAAACAAGCUGUUCAGGUGUGACGAUGAAACAGGAGGCGGCAAUGACAAAGAGCGCUUUGCAAGGGAGAACCACAGUGAGAUUGAGAGGCGGAGGCGGAACAAGAUGACCGCCUACAUCACAGAGUUGUCAGACAUGGUGCCCACCUGCAGUGCACUAGCACGGAAACCAGACAAACUGACCAUCCUGCGAAUGGCCGUGUCCCAUAUGAAGUCCCUGAGAGGAAGUGGCAAUACCAACUCGGAUGGGUCGUACAAACCUUCCUUUCUCACUGACCAGGAACUGAAGCACCUCAUCCUGGAGGCAGCCGACGGCUUCCUGUUCGUGGUGUCAUGUGAGACUGGCCGCAUUGUUUACGUCUCUGACUCCCUGACACCCGUCCUCAACCAAGCGCAAUCUGAAUGGCUCGGCUCCUCCCUUUAUGAUCAGCUCCACCCAGAUGACACAGAAAAGCUCAGAGAGCAGCUCUCUACUGCCGAGAAUAACAACACAGGGAGGAUGUUGGACUUGAAGACGGGAACAGUGAAGAAGGAAGGCCAGCAGUCGUCAGCCAGAAUGAGUAUGGGAGCCCGUCGAUCAUUCAUCUGCAGAAUGAGGUGUGGCUCUUGUCCCGUGGAACCGUUGUCCAUGAACAGACUGAACUUCCUUAGGAAUAGAAACAGGAACGGUUUGGGUACAGCCAAGGAAGGGGAGCCCCAGUAUGUAGUGGUCCACUGUACAGGAUACAUCAAGUCCUGGCCCCCUUCAGGAGUAUCAUUAACAGAAGAUGAAUCAGACAACACUCAGGGUAGUCGCUACUGUCUGGUUGCAAUUGGGAGAUUACAGGUGACUUGUUGCCCAGGUGACACAGACAUCAACAGUAUCAGUGUUCCAGUGGAGUUCAUCUCACGCCAUAACUGCCAGGGCACGUUCACCUUCGUAGACCACCGCUGCAUGGCCGCUGUCGGCUACCAGCCCCAGGAAUUAUUGGGGAAGAAUAUUCUCGAGCUCGCCCACCCUGAAGACCAGGGCCUACUCAGAGACAGCUUCCAACAGGUGGUGAAGUUGAAGGGCCAGGUCCUGUCUGUGAUGUUUCGGUUUCGCUCCAAAUCGAGAGAAUGGAUCUGGAUGAGAACCAGCUCCUUCACCUUCCAGAACCCGUUUUCAGAGGAGAUUGAGUAUAUCAUCUGCACCAACGUCAAUGUCAAAAACUCGACUCAGGACCCCCUCACUCCCAUCUCCUCCCCAGGGGGUUCGCUGCCCCCCUCCCUGGGUCAGAGCAGCCCAAACUGCCCUCCAGUAAUGCUCAGCCCUGGGCAGGUGGCCGCCAGGCAGUUACAGCAGCAGCAGCAGGCCGAGGGAGGUGGAGCCAGAGACGGUCUGUACGAGGCAGGACCAAUCGCCCUCUCACAGAUGCCAGUGCAGGCAGUGACGGCGGCAGGGCCGGACCACAGCAAGAGCCUUGAGAAGCCAGAGCUCUACCCCUCCCUUUUCCAAGGCCCAGAUCAGACCAAGGGCAUGGCCUCCACCUCCGCUCCCAACACACAGAUCUACCCUCCAGCCAAUAACUUCGCUGCUGGUCGUUCCAAUGAUGCAUACAGGCCAGUCAACAUGGCUCCACAGAUGGCACAGCCCGCCCACUCAGCAGGGCAGAUGCUGGCUCAGAUGUCUCGUCAGAAUGGAGUCCCGCAGUCAGUUCCCCCUUCCAGCACCGGCAGCUCCCUUCACGGAGGACCAGCAGGAGGAUGGCCUGGAGCUGCAGCUGCAGUUAGACCACAAUUUAAUAACCAGCAGGUGGCUCCCCAGGCUGCAAAGACAAUGUCUCCACAGUUUACUCCCAUGGGAGGAUUUGGCGGUGGCUCUUCCAACUCUUUUGGACAGAUGCCUACAGGUGCUGCUCCCACCCAAACCAACAAUGCAAACUACCCGCCCAUUAAUGCACGUGCCAGCCUCAACACCAACGGUUAUGAUGGCUCUCAGUCCGGGGCGCAGUUCCCCUCUCGAGCAGCGGAGGCGGUGUGGCCUCAGUGGCAAGGCCAGCAGCACUCACAGAAUAAUGCAGAGCAUCAUCCUCAUGCUCAGGGCAACCAGCAAGACAUGUUUCCUGAUGUGUUGUCUAUGCUGGACCAGCCUCCCAACUUCAACGGCGACGACUUUGAGAUUCCCAUCUACCCUUCGUUCGACCAGUGACCCAGUCGAUACUCUUCUACCCCUUUUGUCUUGUUGAGUGUUUUUGCCCUCACUCUUUCUAAUAUCAUAUAGCUCUUAUAGCUCCUCUGCUCCUCUUUUCUUCCUGUUCCUGGGAGUAGCACUCUUCCCUUUGCUUUGCAUGGCUUAAAUUGCACUGCCACAAGCCAGUUAAAGAUGGAGGGAUGUGUCUGACUGCAGAUAUAAAGGGGAGGAAAAUCAAGGAUUUGCUACUGACUAAAAGAUAAUUAAUUUAACAAUACUCCAGCCAUUGUAAGAGAAUUCUCUAGCUAGCACUGCCCAAAGCUCAACAACCUAUGUUGUAGAUAUGUGAUAUAUAUAAAUAUAAAUAUAUAAAAAAAAGCGCACAAUCACCCAACCACACUUGAAUAGGAGGCACAAAAACACUCUCUUCCACUCUGGUAAACAUAAACAGGAAGUAAGCACACAGACACACAACGGCCUUUUAUUCUAAUAUGUUCCUAGUUUUUCUCAGGCAUUGAUGAAGAGUGUAUUUUGCUGUUUUACCCUUUUUAGCGUGUCGACUAAUCACUCCAAUCGUUGAUUUAAACUCUCAGGAAUUUGCAGGGAUAUACGACUUUGGUCAUUUUUUUGUGUUGUUGCACGCAAACCACCACUGUCUGUGCUAACGUCACUCACGGUUUUAAAUCCUCUGCAUGCCAGCACCGCUUUCAUGGAGCGCUUCUACAAUGUGUAGAUUUAUACUGAGUACAGUUUUCUAUGUACAUUGGUGGCUUCACCUAUAAAGUUAAUUAUUUUGUUAAUCCUCUUAAGGAACGUGAGGUUUUUCCUUAAUUGAAUGAUGUCCUUCAACAAACAGACAGUGUUACAGUGACUACACGCUGUUUGUCUCGGUGCCCGCUGGAAACAUAUACAAUCUAUAUUUCUUUGCCUACAUAAAACAUAUAUACAGUAUGCAUGUGUGUAUGUAUGUCAAAUGGAUGCGUACAGUAUCUUUAUCAGCUGUAAGACAGUCGUAGGGUUUCUGACUUGCUUCAUAUUCUUCUCUCUGUUGCCCUUGCAUUACUCUGUACCAAGUAUGGGCUUUUGUACUCCUUUUGUAAAAAAUCUAAAGAAAAGAAAUCACACAGCAAUAAUUAACAAGCAGGAAUUGUGUACUUUUAAAGCCAUUCUUUAUUUGUCGUUCCUUGAUUAAUGUUAUUUUAAAAUGGAGAUAUGUGGUAGUAAUGUUUGAUUUAAUUGAAAUGUUUCCCAAGUAUUUUUUGAUCUCUUGACCUUUCCAUUGCCAUAUUCUGAUAAAUUCUGAUAUUUAAUUAAUGGUUUGAUCAGGGUAUCCAGGAUUAAAAUGGAACAAACUGCUAAAAACAAUAUGAUUUACAAAUGAAAAUGCUCUAAAAGAUGUUCUCCUCAUUUGUGUCAAACAUUUUGCCACCAACCACCUGUGUUAUACAAUCAUUUUUGGGGUAAAUUUGUAUUAUAGAACAAUGUUGUGAGAUGAAAGAUAAUGCUUCUAAAAUGAUUAGAUUUUUAACAAGUGGAAUUAGUUUUUAAAUUUGACCCUUUUCAUUACAGUCUUCAAUUGUCUGUAUGAAACACUCGCAUACUUAUAACAAAUUAUGUAAUUGUAUGUAAGCCCAUGUUGAUAAUUGUCCCGUUUUCAUCUUCAAGCGGAUGGUAUGUUGGUGUUGUUAUUGUUUGCUCUGUAUCCAGGUUUUCUUUUCCAAUGAUGUGAGCUUUUAUCACUCAUAGAAACACAAAUAUAUAAAUAUGCUGUAUAUGAAAUGCUAAACGAGAGAAAGAAAUGUUUGGUUUUUGUAUUAAAUUGUUGAAAGUGA